CGAGGUUGCUGUGGUUACGGGUGACGUGUCUUACGCAGGCGACAACAAUGACGACUACGGUGCUGGCGGGGGCAGGGCUAAAGCGGAGAGUCCACAGGAAGAUGGCGCUCCCCACGGCUCCCGACCGGCGGCUCCAGCCCGACACCGAGGACAAACUAGAGCUCAACCACCGGGGCCUGGAGGAGCUCAGCAGCCUGGCCGCCGACGGAGACGGCAUCCCACUGCAUUCACCCUGGACAUUCUGGCUGGACAGGUACCGGGCGGCGGGGGAGCCUGGCUGGAGUGGCGGAAACACUGUGUGACUGUGUGACACUGCCAGCUGAAUAAUAAUAAUCAUAAUAUUAUACUGGCUGAUAAUAACACUGACUGCUAGCUGAAUAAUAAUAAUAAUAAUAACAAUAUUAUACGCUGACUGCUGGCUGCCUAUUAUACGCUGGCUGCUGGCUGCCUAUUAUACACUGACUGCUGGCUGCCUAUUAUACGCUGGCUGCCUAUUAUACACUGACUGCUGGCUGCCUAUUAUACGCUGGCUGCUCUAUUAUACAAUUGACUGCUGCUGCUCUAUUAUAUACUGGGAUUGCUGCUGCCUAUUAUACGCUAAGCGUUUCUAUUAUAUACUGGAUGCUGGCUGUUUGCUAUAAUGCUGGGCGUUUGCUAUAUACUGGACUGCUGGCGUUUGGUUGCGCUGGCGUUUAUUAUGCUACUCGACCGCUGGCGUUUAUUAUACGCUAAGCGUUUGCUACUGAUCGCUGGCUGCCGCAUAUACGCUGGCGUUUGCUAUAUACUGGGACUGCUGGCUGCCAGCGCUGCUGCUUCUAUUAUACGCUGCUGCUUGGCUAUAAUGCUGGACUGCUGGCUGUUUGUUGCAUGCUGCUGCUACGCUGCUAUGGCUACUGACUGCUGCUGUUUAUUGGUACGCUGGCGUUUGUUGCGGCACUGGACUGCUGGCGUUUGCUAUACGCUGGGCGUUUAAGCGUAUACUGGCCGCUGGGCGUUUGCUAUAUACGCUGGCGUUUGCUAUACGCUGGCUGCCUAUUAUACGCUGGCUGCCUAUUAUAUGCUGGCUGCUGGCUGCCUAUUAUACACUGACUGCUGGCUGCCUAUUAUACACUGACUGCUGGCUGCCUAUUAUACACUGACUGCUGGCUGCCUAUUAUACACUGACUGCUGGCUGCCUAUUAUACGCUGGCUGCUGGCUGCCUAUUAUACACUGACUGCUGGCUGCCUAUUAUACGCUGGCUGCCUAUUAUACACUGACUGCUGGCUGCCUAUUAUACGCUGGCUGCCUAUUAUACACUGACUGCUGGCUGCCUAUUAUACACUGACUGCUGGCUGCCUAUUAUACGCUGGCUGCCUAUUAUACACUGACUGCUGGCUGCCUAUUAUACGCUGGCUGCCUAUUAUACGCUGGCUGCCUAUUAUACGCUGACUGCUGGCUGCCUAUUAAUAACAAUAAUAUACACUGGCUGCUGUUAUGCACUGACUGCUGGCUGGCUAUUAUACACUGACUGCUGGCUGUUGUCUGCUAUAGCUCACAUUAACUCUUACAGGGUAAUUAAAUGAAACCUCACUGGUUUUAUCUAGAAUUUAGACUUCAACUGACCACUGUUGCCCUCCCCUUUUCCCAAUUCCUGUUUCUUGUACAUUCGGUCUCUAUCUUUGUUCCUCCCUCUUCCUUGUGGUGGUUUAUGUUUUAUUUUUUUGUGUGUUACAAUUCACCUUGGUUUAGUCCUAUGUUCAAUUAAAACAACUAUUUAUGUUAAGUGUCAUCAUUGGCAAAAGCUGGCGAAUCUAAGUUCCACUUCAAUUGCUAAAUUAAACACAAUUGGUGAUCAAAAUGAACACCACUGGAAGGCAUACUGUGUACAUUGUGUACGUGCAAUGAAAUGGUGUAAUGGAAAUUUGGAGGAAAAGAUGAUGUGAGUGUAGUCUAAUCCUUAAGGUACAAGGGGCAUUAGGUAAGGGAAAGGGGUGAUGGUAUAGUUUAACCCCUUAAGGGCACAACUUCUGGAAUAAAAGGGAAUCAUGAUGGAAUAUUUCCAUCAUGUGUCCUUAAGUUCCACAUACAGGGAGUACAGUUAAAUCAUAUGUAAGAUACAAUUUUCAAAUUGUGUAGUGCACUGGAUGAACUCAAAACCCUCUGAUUGCAAAAGCUAAGCAUUUGUUUGCAAAUGCUUUCUUUUCCGUAAUGGAAAGAAGGGAUGUUAUUUGGAGUCCUAGUGGAGAAAUGUAAAAUCAUUCCUAGGGUAACUCCAAAGUGAAGUUGUGACUUGUGUGCUAAACAUGUAAGUUUAAAAACCAUUCUACGCAAUCUUAAUAGUGAUGGGGUGCUGUAUUUUAUGGUUAAAGGGACACGAUAGUCACCAAAACCACUUUAGCGUAACAAAGUUCUAUGUUGUAUAGAUCAUGUCCCUGCAGUCUCACUGCUUAAUUCUGUAAUUAUGCAGUCUAGUCUCACCACUCUGCAUGUGACCUGCACAGCCUUCCUAAACACUUGUAAAGUGUCAUCUAAUGUUUACACUUCCUUUAUUGCACAUUCCAUUUAACUUAUAAUUUAUCUCCUGCACAGUUUAGUUUGCUAAGCACUGCAAGAGACUGGUAUGUAAUUAAACUGCUAUUGACAGAGCAGGAGAUAACAACUGUUAACAUAGUUUACAAUGGACAACGAAACCAUUUUGUGUUUAUGCACAGCAAAGGGGAGGUAUGGUUAGAGCUACAUAAACUAAAACAAAGGUGAUUUAACUCCUUAAUAGCAGUGAAACACCAGGGGCAUGAUUCAUUAAGCUAAAAUUGUUUUGGUGACUAUUGUCCUUUAAGACUGAAAUUGGCAAUCGCAUUCUGCUAGUAUUUAAAUACUUGAAAGUGGCUGCCAAUUAGAGGGAUAUUUACAAAUUUUUGCUUAAGACUUUAGAAAGUGACAUCUUUGGGUUGGAUCCCAUGGAUGUGGGGUGAAGUCAAAGGUAAGGCUUGCUUAAAUGUAGGCCUUUCCUUUUUCCAGCGUUGGGCGGAGUGCUCUCCUUUUCUCCUCCCCUUCGGCUGAAUGCGCACGCGCGGCAAGAGCUGCACGCACAUUCAGCCAGUCACAUAGGAAAGCAUUCAGAAUGCUUUCCUAUGGACGAUGGCGUGCUCUCACUGUGAAAAUCAGUGAGAAGCACGCAAGCGCCUCUAGCGGCUAUCAAUGAGACAGCUGCUAGAGGGAAUGGGGGAAGGCUUAACCCAUUCAUAAACAUAGCAGUUUCUCUGAAACUGCUAUGUUUAUGAAAAAAUGGGUUAACUGUAGCUGGACCUGGCACCCAGACCAUUUCAUUAAGCUGAAGUGGUCUGGGUGCCUAGAGUGGUCCUUUAAGAAUAAAAUUGCAAUAUUGCAAAGUUUGCAGCUAGUACAAACAUAAAAUUAUUUAUUUUUAUUGUAUUUGUUUGGUAAACAAUAGUUUCCUUUUUAUAUGAACCCUAUAAUGUUGGGAAGGCAAACUAAUUCUAACAUAAGUGUUCCUCUUACUACAGGUUUUACACCUGAUGUGUUUUUUUUUUUUUGAACUUCUAAAUAUAACUGAAAUCCUAGUCAUAUCUUAUAUGUAUCUGGACUAAAUGGUGAAUUUAUUUUCCUUUAUUUGCAGGUGUAUAGAAAUUAUUAAACACAACUGAUGUGUUUAUGCCAUGUUGCUUAUACAAAUAAGCUAUCAAAUGAGGUGUUCAGUGCAUCAUAUAUCAAAGCUACUAUAUUAAUGUUAAGUUAUUUAGUCACUAUACACUGCCACCAUAUCCUACUUCAUCCAUGUUUUGUCUCCUGUAACAACCACUUCCAGUCUGCAUGCAGCCUUUGAUUUGUCCUGCUUGGUAGGAGAGCUUUAAUUGUGGGUAUAAACUUUUGAAAAAAGCUUUCAAAAGCUGCAUAUCUUGUCUGACACCUUUUCCAGCCCCACUUAUCUGUAACAGACUAUACUUUCUGUACCUGGCCAAUCACAGAAUUCCCAAUGCAGCUCAAUGAGAAGUCUUUGCAAGGCAGUUGCUCAGUGCAAUUGCUGCCUCACUGAGCUAAAAAAACCAGGAAGUAACACUACUUGUUUUCUGACUGCCAGCAGAACAUAAUGUUUAAUUUAAUUGCAUGUCAGAUGCAAUUGUCUUUAAAUUGCUAUUUUAUUUUUUAAAUUUUUUACACAUGUUCAAAGUAUAUGCAAAGUUAAGAAACCCAAUAUGGGCCUUUCUCGUGCAUUUCACUUUGUAGUAAACUAUGUAUUUUCAGAGAAAAUGCAGUGUUUACAUUACAGCCUGGGAUACCUCCACUGGCCACUCCUCAAAUGGCUACUAGAGGUGCUUCCUGGGACAGCAUUGUGCAGCACUGCCAUUCAGUGUUUCCUCCCUCUGAAUGGAGACACUGAACUUGACUCACAGAUGCACUAAUUCAGUGCAUCUGAGAUGUGGAUUGGCCAAGGCUGUUUCGCUCUGCCGCCUCGACAGUCUCAGCCAAUCCUAUAGGAAGGCAUUGAUUGGCUCAGAGCAACACUUGGUGUCAGCCAACUGGCAGAUAAUGGCCAGGGCCAGCAGCUGCAGACCUUAACAAAAGUAAGAUUACUAUAUUUAGAGGAGGCAGGGGUGGCUAGAUGGUGGCUUUAACACUAUAGGGUCAGAAAUACAUGUUUGUUUUCCUGACCCUAUAGUGUUCCUUUAAGUCUAAUGUGGCUGUCUAUGCAGUCCUUGUCACACUCUUUCUGCCUGACUUACUGUGAUUUAACUCCUCAGGUUCUGGCAUUCACAACUUCCACAGCAGGACAUAAGGUUUAAUUGCAUGUUAGAUGCAAUUGGCCUCAAACUGCAAUUUAAAAUUAAAAUUUAAAAAAAUUAACACAUGUUGCAGUAUGUGCAAAGUGAAGAAACACAAUGUGGGUCGUUCUCAUGCAUUUAAUUGGUAGGCUUUUUAUGCACAACGUGCUAUGGCAGAUAACAUGCUUGUUUGAUCACACACAGCUCAAGCUGCUUGCAAUUUGAAUUUACCAUCGUUUUUGUUUUCCAGGUCUCUUCCAGGAACAACAGCAGCAGAAUGUGAAUCAAACUUGAAAAAAAUAUAUACAGUGCAAACUGUCCAGGUAAGAGAGUUAGCAAAAAUUGUGUAUGAAAGAUCUCUAAUCUAUGACCAGAUGUUCAGAAGGAUUCUAGGGACUACUGGCUAAUUACCUGUAGAUGCUUCUAAAACACUUGUGUGCUCGGGUAACAUUACAGACAAUAAUACUUAUAAGCCUUUAGUAUCUUAAGACCUAUUCUAAUAACGUAAAUAAAAUGCAAGCAGUCUUCAGCUGCCACUCUGUACUGUACAGGCACACUAGUGUAAUUUGAUAUUCUUGUGAUAAAUAGAUAAAAAAUGGUGAGCACUCAAUACAGAAUAAUAUUACCCACAAUUAAGUUAAUAACUGAAAAAAGAAACAGAAAAUAACAUAGGGUAAUAACGUCAGAGUAAAAUACACAACGGAGGGGUAGAUUGCACUCACAUACAGGGAGCCAAUUAGAAGCUGGCUCAAGCUGCAUGCCUUGAACAGAAGUAAUCCUUAGGACUGGAACAAGCUUUCGCUGGGUUCUUCCCAAGAUAAAUGUGGAAAUCAGGAACGCAGGUUCAGGAUUAAACACAAACUUUAAUUGUAAAUGAAGUAAAAAAACUACAUAAAAUAAGUAAGGAAAGUCCCAUAAAAAAUAUAUAAAUAGUCCCAGGAUGUCCUUGAAAAUCACCUAACGCGUUUCGGCACAAAAGCCUUCGUCAGAGGUGCUGUGAUUAGUCCAGGCUUGAGGUUCAAUUUAAAUCCGGUUUGGCAGAGUUUGUCGCCGCAUUGUACUUCCAGGUUCUGACGUCAGGACAUGCCCUGCGUCAUCACGUCCUAGUGUCACUUCCGGUUUCGGUGAAUAUGAUGUGUGGGAACUGUCAAAAUAGAAACACAAGCAUUCUUGGCUGUAUAUAGCAUAAAGUCUACAGAAAUAAACUUGAGACACAAACCAUUAAUGAAAGGAGAAUUAUUCUAACAGUGAAUCUAAAUAUACAACUGGCCAUAUUGAUCCCAAAAGAUUUUGUUAAAUAAUGGUUAGGAAAAAAUAUAAGGGAGAAAGAGUGAUUGUAAAUAAUAAAAACAUAAAAUACUGUUUAUAAAAAGAGGAAUAAUCGAGACAAAAAUAUUAAAUAGAAUUGGUGUUCAAGAGUAUUUUACUCUGACGCUAUUACCCUAUGUUGUUUUCUGUUUCUUUUUUCAGAUAUUAAUUUAAUUGUGGGUAAUAUUAUUCGGUAUUGAGUGCUCUCACCAUUUUUUAUCUAUUUAUCACUUGUGUUUAUUUUAGUGGUUAUUGUGGCCCACUAAGGUGAUAGUAGCACCAGCGUUUGUUCAAAACAUUUUACACCGUGUGUUUUGUAUUUAAUUUGAUAUAUUCUUGAUGAUACCUGGACAAGUUUCUUGUCAAACGUUUUAUACAGCAGUCUUGUUUGUUACUGUACUGCUAUUUUGUUAAUACUGUAUUGCAUCAGUGGAUUCAAGUACGACUUCACAAAAAUUCAUACCCAUUCUUAAGCAAAGGUUAGCAAUUUGAGAGUUAAAUGGUAUUCAGGCCGCGUGGGUUAUAGCUGGUCUCUUAAUAAAUUACAUGCAGGCUAGAGAAACCAUGACCCUAGUAUCACUCUGGUUAAUCAAUGAUUAACUCUAAACUUUCUGGCAAUCAUGCAAUGAGUCUAGGGGAAAUAAAGGCAUAUUGCAUAAUGCUCUUCAAGCAGCAGUAAUCACAGAUGGGUUGUUUAUGGAUAUAUGUGUGUAUUUUUUUUUCAGCUGAGCACAACCCUGCUUAGCUUAGUGGUGCUAACUGGAUGCUCCUGCAAGGAGACUCCAAAGUGUACCCAGCGGGACCUAGGUAAUUUUUUCAUCUGAGGUCUCAGGUAAAGAAUGGAACUUAUAAGUCAAAGUUGCAGUUUCCCAGUGCGGUGGUCUGCUUAAUCGCCGUCUUGUGUAUAUUUAUUUAAAAUGAAGAAACGAUGGCACAAUAAUGGAAGGUAAUGCAGUGUUCGUUUAUUGUUCCCUGUGUGGGCCGUGAUAUGCAAACUUUGUAAUGGUCCUUGGAGUGUUCCUUUCAAAGCACCAGACACAAUAGAGCUGUUCUGGUGCAAAAACUGUCCAGGCAGUGCUUUUGGUACUGCCUGUCCUGAGAGAAAAGGGGAAACUAACUGCUGCUUGUACUAUGGAAAAUGUACAGUAAGACUUUAUUUUUGUACCUGCUCAUUAGGGACUUCUGUAGUAAGCAAAUGGCUGAACUAAACCUAUGGGUGUGUCAUGCCAAAAGCAUGAGUUGGUGUUUGAUGUAUUGAUAUAUGUUAAGAGUUGGUUUGGUUUUUUUGUGUUUUUUUUUGGUUUUUGUUUUGUUUUUUAAAACCUUGGGAUGAUGUUUGUGGUCGUUGAUCUGGCUAGAUAGCCUUCACCAGAGCUGGACACAAGGAACUGCAUAGAGAGGGCAAUAAACUGUCAGACCAACACCCUCUGAUUCCCACCCCCCACCCCCCAGGGGUCUGCCCACUGAGAAACAACUAGUUUAGAUAUAUAAUGAGGGUGCUGGACUAUCCAGAGUUAUGCAUUUUUCUUUUGUCAGCAACUUCUAGGAGACCUAUACCAUCUAAGACUCCCACAAGAAUUCUAUAUGGGGUAACUACAUGUAAGGAAUUUCUUGUUUUCUCCUAUUUUAUAUACUGUUUUGCAAUUUAUCUGUCAUUUAUUUCUGUAUUUUGUACUCAGCACUGUGACUUUUUUUUUUUGUCAGAUUAAAUGUUUACUUAAUCAGCUUGUGUCUCUGUUCUCUGAGCUUCACUCUCCAGAGGAAAGCUCAGGUAAACACGUUACCAAAAGGGGUUAACUAUAUAUGUUUUAUCAGUAAAAGUAGAACUGUGAUACUAUAAUUCUCCUGUGUGUGGGGUAACCUAAGAUGCCCAGGUUAAAAGUCUUGGUGUUGGCAGUAAAGUGUGUAGAAGGGAUUGCAGGGGUUAAUUGGUUGCUGGGACUAGCAACCGGUAACCAGGGGUCUGGUGUCAUUAACCCUGUCACUUCCACACUCUCCCCACUGUCUCGGCUGGGACUAUAGCCCACGCUCGUGACAGUGUGUACAUCAAAAAAGGAAUUUAUGGCAACUGAUGAUCUGUAUGGUUCUUUAAUACAAGAGGCUUCCAUUGACUGGAUUAAAGUGUUUCCCAAGGUAGCUUUCAUUUAAGAGUUGUGGGGUUUAGAUCUUUCUACUCUUAAAAAUAAAUGAGGCUUGUUUAUAGGUAUUACAAAUCAUAGUGCUUUCCAACAGUACAAAAUAUAAAUGUUGGACCAUAUGUGUAAUUACACCUUGGGGUAGAUUGUUUUCCCCCAAAAAAUAUUUGUGGUGCGGUCAUAGUAACUAUGUAUAAUGUAAACUUACAUGACAAUCUCUCUCCAAGGUCCUAUUCGUGUGUCUAGAUUUAUUGGUUUCUCUAGUAUAAGCCAUAUUUAAUGUGAUCUUCCUUCCCUCUGUAGAGUUUCUGGAGUGUGUAUAACAAUAUUCCACCAGUUACAAAUCUCCCGCUGCGAUGUAGCUACCACUUGAUGAGGGGAGAGAGAAAGCCGCUUUGGUGAGUUCGCAUAGGAAUGGAUUUCAUUUUUCAGUGGUCCACUUCAUUGCAUUAAAUGUUCAGCCUACUAUAUUGCUUGGCUUCCAUAUGUACCACAUGAAAUGUCCUCAGAUCUGUAAGACCAUAGAUUUCCUGGUACCAUGCAUCGUGUGAUAUUACUUUAUAAUGGCAUCUUCUCACUGAUAAAGAUGCAAUAGGAGCUAUUCACUAAAUGCUAAAAGGCAGCUGGCUUUUAGUUUUGCAAACUUGGCAAAAAAGUCAGACCAAAUUUUCUCAUGGAUCUUGGUAAUGUAAGGCCUAUUUCAUUCACUGAUUAAAGUCAACCUCUCAAUUAUCAAUAACAAACUAUGCAUUUAGCCAAUUCAAAUUGUCUUUGUAUUGCAGACUAAUUGUACCAGUCAACCCUAAGUACUAUGUAAAUAAUGGCUAGAACACCUGCAUUGCAGUGGGUUGCUAUCAUUAAUCUAGAGGAAAUGUUAAACAGCUCAUCAAAAUAUUGUAGUAUUGUGACUGUUUUCUCUUAAACAUAAGUAAAGAUCUGUUAACACUGGUGCUAGAUCAUCUGAAAUGGCUGGGAACAUCAGAUUGUAUUGCUUUAUAACCAUGAAUAUUUAAAAUGUGUAUAAACUAAAUGUCAAUUUUGAUCUGUUGUACAGUCUUAAUGACUUUGAUACUGCUGUAAAACUGGGAUGUGCUAUUAAAUGGCACAUGAAAAGAUUGCAUAGAAGGCUUCUGUUUAGCAGCAAGCCUAUCUUUCUGCACUGAACUCAACAGCAAUGUAUGUUGUGCAAGACUUUACCUUUUAGUACUAAAUUACUCUCUUACUUUUCUUCUAUGCAGGGAAGAAGAAAGUAAUGCCAAGGGAGGGGUAUGGAAAAUGAAAGUUCCAAAGGAAAGCUCAGUAAGUAUUUCCACACAAAGCAAUGACAUUAGGUUGUGUGUUUGUGUGGUUUUUUUUUCUGAAUCUUAUUUUAUCCUCUAGGCUUUGGUUUGGAAAGAAUUACUACUGGCUACCAUUGGAGAGCAGUUUACAGAUCACUGUGCAAUUGGUAAGUUUAAGUUCUUUGUUUUUCAUAAAAGUACUAUGGCUUAUUCCAUAUUGGUACCUCUUUAGUGUUCUUUAGAGGUCAAUUAUAUAUCAUGGUGCUUGAACAGUGACCUCAUGCAUGUUUCAUUAAUAAAGAGGGCAGGCAAAACUAGAUUAAUUUUAUGAAAUGAUCCACAUGGUCAAAGACUGUCGUCAAUGUUAAAAACAAAUUCUGACUUUAUUCACCCUGGAUUUAAUUCCUCAAAGGGACACAUCUGGUGUGUUUACUGAAAAUCAGGCUGAGAUGUGGUAUUAAAAUCUAGCCUGCCUUCUGUAUAUUUUCCUUAAUCUGUUCUUCCAUAACAAAGUGUAUUUAUGAAUAAAAUUAAAGAGUAAAAAGUAAAGCACCGUCUUGCAUUCGUUGCGAGAAACAAACGACGGCUAAAGCUUCUGCUUCUUUAGCAUCACCAAAUGCAUAAAGGUUAGCUGACUGUGCUAAUCUUUGCCUGGUAUUGCUUGUUGGUUUAAUAAGGUGUUAAUUAUUGCAAUGCUGUUCCAAUGAUGCACUACUUUAGAAAGUGCAUGCCCUCAUCCAUAACUUGUCUGAGACCAGAGGCAUCCAUGGGCAGCAACAUUGAACAUGGAUAUGUGGUAGAGGUAAAUGGUUUUCUGUUUUGUGCCUUGGUAAACUCUUCACCCACCCCUUCCCUUGAGUCAUUCUGUGGUUCUCUUGCUAGAUGAUGAAGUGAUUGGUGUCAGUGUAAGUGUCCGUGACCGUGAAGAUGUAGUUCAAGUUUGGAAUGGAAAUGCCUGUGUUGUCGGUGAAGCAACUGUUUUAGAGAAAAUUUACAAACUUCUGCCAAACACAUCUUUCAAAGCUGUAUUUUAUAAACGUAAGUAUUUAAACAAAUCUUACUAUCUUUCUUAUUUAGCAUAGUAUUAAAAUCUUCUAUGUAUAAUUUUGUUUUCUAAAAUGCAGGGAAGAGUUUAAGUCGCCCUUUAGCUGAUCCACCGCAGUCAACGGUAGCAAUGUAUGUAAUUCCUUUUCUUAGUGACGACACUGAGACUGCAGACCGCUGGUUUCUCAUGAAUUAAAUGUGGAUAAAACAUGUCAGAUAUUGCAGAUUCCUAUGCUGUAGGCUUUUACUCUACAAUAAAGACUGCUUGCUCACCUACCUUUGUGUGCAAGGAUCCUAUGUAUCGUGUGUAUGCAUACACAAUGGAGACUAGUUUGCAGCAGGGUUUCAAUAUUAUAAUGAAAUACAUGUUUGUGUUUUCUCUUGCAGCCCAUGAAGAGCAUCAUGCCUUUGAAGGUGGCCGUUCAAGACAUUAGCUUCACUGUAGCAUUUUAUUUUUCUUUAACCCUUUGACUUCUUAGCAGUUAUAAUAUCUGGAUCACAUGCUGUGAGAGGGUUGGUUAUAUCUGUAAAGAUGUCGGUCUUGCAGUUUAUUUAUUUUUGUUUGUGUAUUUUUUUUUUUUCCCUAAAAUUUUAAAAAUAUCAUGCAAGUUACUUUUAUUUUUUUUCUCCCCACUUCAGAAUGGGCAAACUAGUAAUCAAAGUAAAGAACAAACUUGUAUCUCACUUUAUUAAAAGUGAUGCUUUUAGUUUUUUAUUCUUAACACUGCGUGCACUGCUCCAGCACUCAGUGUUUAGUCUUACCAUGUCUGUUUCAGUAAUAUCAAUAUCAUUUUUAAUGUACGUUCUGCCUGUAUACACUGGGAGCAGUUUUUAUGGACUUUAAAGCUGGAGGUUGGAAACAUCCACUGUCCUACUUAUUGCAAGCUCUCCCUUAAGCUGAUCUGUUAAUGUAGUUACUCAGGGCUAACUUAGUCAAUUUUAAUUGGGGCUACCCAAUUAGAGAAGGGGUGCUUUUUGGCUCUCUUGUGACAUCCUCUAACCCUGGCAUCCAGUCCUCGCUUACAUGGAGGACUUGAUCCAUCCAAAACCCUGUGGGUACUGGGUCUUCUCGAGCAUUCACUAUGCUUUGCUCUGGAACAUCUUUGCAGAGCAUGAUAAAGUAAACGUUUCAUUCAACUAAUGGAGUAUGCACAAUCAUGAAAUGCUGCUUUUGGUUUUGUUUUUUUCUUGCUGUGUAGUUUAGAUUUAUAUUGGUUGAUUCUUUAGCUUCAUGAUGUUUAGAACAUUCCUUUCACUGUAACUUUAAUUCCCCCCCAAAAACUAUUGUAUAUAACAAAAGAACUGGCCUUGCCCUGACAAGAUUACACUGGGCCUCUGGUACAGUAGAGUUUACCCCUGAAAGGUUGAAACUUGGUAUUUGCUGCUGUCUCUCACAAGGCUUUACUGUAUCAAAUGGUUGCAUAAGCUCUUCUCAAAUAUGAAGUAUCUCUGAAUUGGGAAACAUCACGUAGAGUACAUUUCUUUUGGGGGUUUUUGUGUGCAUUUUAUUGAAAGAAAACUGACCAUUGGCCCAGAUUUCAACAUUCUGCAGGAAACACUUGUUGCAUUGUAGUAACACUUCUGGUUUUAUUCACAAAGCUUGGAUUUGUGGGGAACUGACCAUUUUAGGCCAAAAUAGUCCAAAAUAUUUCCCCAGUUCCCCUCAAUCUUGGUGGCUAUUUUAGUGUAACAUGGUUUCACAGUUAAAUUCCUUUAUUCGAUGAAUAAUCCCAUCUUGUGUAAACUUAUUUUAAGAAUGUUUAUUCCUAGAAUAGCAAAAUGUUUGUAACUGCCUUUGGUUUUAAAUUUUUUUUUUUUUUGUUUGGGUUUUUUGUUUACCUUCCACACAUUUGCUUUUAAAGUCUUCUAGCACAUUCUUGACUGCAAAUUUGCAUUUAAAAAAAAUGACACCUUUCGAUCUUCCUGUUAGGGAGACUGCAUUUGAUGUGCCAAGGUUAAGCAAUAUUCUAAUAUCCUCUUCUGAUUGUAGCAUUACUGUGAAAAUGUCAGUUCACCCUUUGAGUGCAUUUUAUUUUUUCAGGGUUAUAAGUUUUAUUCUUAGAACCAAAGAUUUAGCAGUCUAAAAAAGGAAGCUGGGAGUGAAUGUACAGUAACCACUGGACAUCAUAUACAUUUUUUUCUGAUUUUAAAAAAAAAAACUUGUUACUGGAUAUGCCUGCUUCAUACAGUAAAGUAGGAAGUUCCUCUAGCAAUUUUGUCAAGAUUGCACUGACAUACACCCAUCAAUCAAAUCUUAAUUUAUCUUUUCCUUUAUCUUUUUAUGCUCUCAUAUGUAUUUAUAAACUGCUUAUAUAUAAAUGUGUAUUCAGUUGUAUUGUGAAUAAAGAUUUUCUAAAGUC